GCACAGCUGUCUCAGGCUUUAAAUGGUGUCUCGGAUAAAGCAAAGGAAGCUAAAGAAUUUUUGGUUCAGCUGAAAAAUUUAUUGCAGCAGAUCCAGGAGAACGGGUUGGAUUAUGAAGCCUGUCUUGUCGCUCAGUGUGAUGCCUUGGUCGAUGCGUUAACGCGACAGAAGGCAAAACUGCUCACAAAGGUGACCAAAGAACGUGAGCACAAGCUGAAGGUUGUUUGGGACCAGAUAAAUCACUGUACACUGAAGCUACGCCAGUCAACAGGGCUCAUGGAAUACUGCCUAGAAGUUAUCAAAGAAAAUGAUCCCUCUGGGUUUUUACAGAUUUCGGAUGCUUUAAUCAAGCGUGUUCAGGUAUCUCAGGAACAGUGGGUCAAAGGAGCCUUGGAGCCAAAAGUGUCUGCUGAGUUUGACUUGACUCUGGAUAGCGAACCUUUACUCCAGUCGAUUCACCAGCUGGAUUUUAUUCAGAUGAAAUGUAGGGUGCCACCCGUCCCAUUACUGCAGCUGGAGAAGUGUUGCACCAGAAACAACAGUGUGACAUUGGCCUGGAGGAUGCCACCUUUGAGCCACAACCCGGUGGAGGGUUAUAUCUUGGAACUUGAUGAUGGAGAUGGUGGCCAAUUCCGAGAAGUAUACGUUGGCAAGGAGACACUCUGCACCAUCGAUGGCCUUCAUUUCAACAGUACCUAUAAUGCAAGAGUCAAAGCUUUCAACUCAUCGGGAGUUGGUCCUUACAGCAAGACAGUUAUUUUACAGACGUCGGAUGUGGCAUGGUUCGCCUUUGAUCCCUCCUCAGCUCACAGAGACAUCGUGCUGUCAAAUGACAACCAGACUGCCACCUGCAACAGCUACGAUGACCGGGUUGUUCUUGGCACAGCAGCCUUCUCCAAGGGCGUGCAUUACUGGGAACUGCAUGUGGACCGGUAUGACAACCAUCCGGAUCCAGCCUUUGGUAUUGCCAGGAUUAAUGUCGUCAAGGACAUGAUGCUAGGCAAGGACGACAAGGCAUGGGCCAUGUACGUUGACAACAACCGCAGCUGGUUCAUGCAUUGCAAUUCUCACACCAAUCGGUAA